UCUGCCCAUGGAUAGUCUGCCGUGCCUUCUCGCUAGAACUUUCCUACAUUGUUGCCACUCUAACGUCUAGACAGAAAUGCUACCUACUCCUCCUCCACCUUAUCCAGAGAGUGAAACAGCUGCAAAUGAAGCGGCUUUGGAAGAAACGAUCGUUCCGGAAAAGAACGAUGGCCAGAAACAGCCAAUUGUAAAGCUCGAUUUACCUACAACAAGCCCACAACUGCCCACUAAUACACCUUAUGAAAUGAAAGCAAUGAAACCUCCACAGAUCGACCAAAUGACUCCGAUUACACCGUUGCCUUACACCACCGCACCUAACACGCCUAUGCCCAUGCAAGGCCAAUCCUUGCCAUUUUCAGGACAGCCAGGAAUGAGUGUGCCUGGUAUGACCAGUGCAGGAAUGUCCAAUGUAGGCGCACCGACAAUCCAACCUUCUGUGGCUUACGCUGCUGGGCCUGCUGCUAUGCAAGGCUAUUCUACGCCUAUGUCCUUGCCACAGAUGUAUUCGCAACAACCAGCGAUACCUAUGAAUCCGAUAGGUAUGCCUGGAGGAGUAGCUACAGCUCCUUCUCAAGCAGGUGGUAUCAACCUUGUAGUCAACACAAAUGCCAACGCUAAUUCGGAUUCCAAUGGUAGGAAUGGUCAGUCAAACCCUCCAAGACCAGCGCCUCGACCAUGUCCAAAGUGUCGACUCGGCUACAUAACGCGUGGUCAGGCCCGAUUCCGUGAGAUGUGUAUCAAAAUAUUGGCGUACUCGACAAUAUGCUGCACAUGUCUUCUUCCACUAAAACUGCUCAAUACUAACUAUGUUGAUAAAUGCUCCUACUGUGGAGAGGAAUAUGGUUUCCGUGGCGAAUUAUUUGAGAAACCAAAGGCACCAAAGAUGUGA